AUGUAUCGGAAGUUGUCUAAGUUAGAACACUCGGAAAUAAAACAACUUCUUACAGAAGCUAAUAUAGAUGUUGCAAAGCAUUACGCAACAAACAAAAAAGCACUCGCUGACAUCCUCAAUGACUAUAAUGGUGCAAUAAGUUAUGAUAGAAUUCAUGAGUUCAUAAAGCCGCAACGCGGCGAGGACGAAGUCCAUGCAAGAGCAUUUCCUUUAAAUGACGUUGCUAUUGACUUAUAUCAUAGACGUUCAGUACCUCAUGAAGUAAGAAGAGAAAUGUUUGACAUAACAAAUGCAAACGUUGGUGAAACAAGAAGAAGAGACGACACACUGAAACAACAGAGAA